AUGAAAAUCCAAACUUACCAUCAAUCUGCGAUGCCUAGUCCACAGAGAAUUAAAGCGAAUCAAUGUGAACAGAAUGAAGUAUUAAAUAUUUGCGGGAAAACUUGUGAACCAACUUGUCAUACAUUUUCUGAUGAAGUCAAAAAUUGUUCUAUUAAGGAUUGUAAAGGAAAAAUGUUAGGAUGUCGGUGUAAAAAUGGCUUUACAAGAGACGAAAGAACAGGAAAAUGUGUAAGACCGAAUCAAUGUUCACGUUGUGAUUUCGGUGAAGUUUAUUUACCGUGUGGUACAUUGUGUGAAGCUUCGUGUCACUCAUCAGUAAAACCAAAAAUUUGUCAACGAAUGUUUUGUGCACGAUCAGAAUGCCGGUGUCAUUUUGAAGGCGGAUUUGUUAGAGAUCAUAGCACUGGACAAUGUGUGCUUCAGAAAAAUUGCCCAAACAAUAAAUAA